CGCGAGAAAUAAAUUUCUGUCAAUAAAUCCUGCUUCUCGAAUGACAUACGCGAAUUAAUUUAUAAUAUAGACGUGACAAACGGUUGCUACGUUUUAUUGUAAGACCCAGCACAAUAUAUUAAACGUUUGUCUGUAAUACAGAUUGAUAUUUUUAUCUCGAGACCCAAAAUUAUGCUCGUACAGUGAUUUUAAAGGUUAGGUCCUUUGCGAUAACGAGUCUAUCAUUUAUAAAUCCUAUUGUUAUGUCAACGACGCAGUGUUUGCUCGGAUAAUUUAUAUUGAGCGUACAAGUACGUUUGUAACAAACGUAGUGACGCAAAAUGGAAGUGGAUCAAAAUGUUGCACAAGCUCUAUUGACACAAGGUGCCACGCUGGUUUUGCUAGACGUACCGCGGGGCACCGACAUCGGUAUUGAUAUAAAGUCCUGGAAUGUAGGACAGAAUUUUAAAGGGAUCAAGAUGAUUCCACCUGGGAUUCACUUUGUACAUUACAGUGCGGUGAACGAAUUUGGCGAGUUGGCGCCUAGAGUUGGCUUCUUCCAUGAUUUCCAGAAAGGUGAAUUCUUAGUAAAGAGAUGGGAUAACAAGGAGGAAGAUUUCAGCUCGGAACCUGUACCUGAGGAGACAGUUCAGAGGUUGAGAGAUAACAUAAAAGAGUUGGACAGGUAUUUAGGACCGUAUCCGUACGAGAUAUCAAAACCAUGGGCGAAAUUAACAAACGGGAUCACAGCGUCUCUCGUGACGAGAUGCUCGCCACUAUGCGGUUACGUGCGAUCUGCUUUGGAAUUGGAGCACUGCAGCGACGCUUCGAGACCACGUGGCAGAGAAUCUAAGAGCAAACGAAAGAGAUCCAGUAGGCUCACGGAGGAAGACAAGGAGGAGGAAUUGCUGCCGGAUCUGAAACCGAGGCCUGGUACAGAACUCAGGCUCACGGAAAUGCCGGAUAAGCAUUAUCCCGAUGACGCGACUCCGAGCGAGAUAACGCGGCAUUCUCUCGACACCAGUUACGUCUUGGACACCACUCUGAAAAAAUUACGAGAACCCGUUGAGAUCAUCGGGGAGAUGCAGCUGACGUUCGUCUGUUUUCUAGCUGGUCAGAGCUUGGACGCUUUUGAGCAAUGGAAGAAACUUGUAUCAUUGAUUUGUGGCGCGGACAACGCGAUUCCACAGUACCGUUCUAUCUAUAUGGAAUUUCUGCAAGCCCUGGAAGUGGAAUUGUCGUAUGUGCCGGAAGAAGUGCUGUGCGACAUCGUGGCGAGUAAUAAUUUCGUGUAUCACAGUCUAUGCAAGUUAUUCGGGAACAUCGAGUCGAAUUCCGAGGUGGACGGUCGAUUGAAAUCGUACGCGAAGCGUUUGCAGGGCCGACUAACCGCGAAGUUUCUGUGGGACUUUUCGAAUUUGCUCGAAGAGGCGGACGAUGAAGCGCCUGUUGUUGUAACUCUGGCAUAAACGCAAAUAAAUAAUGAUCAUGAGCGUUAAUUAUGUGGAAAGAGAUAUGACAAAAACGACCCCGCAAGAAAAACUGAUUUUUUA